UGUUUUUAAUCCUGCUCUCCUUUUGCAGGUGUUACCACUGCAGGACAGAACUUGGCUCCUCGUCCACCUGUAGCUGCUCCUGCUCCCAGAGCAGUUCCCCCUUAUAAAUACGCCUCAAGUGUCCGCAGCCCACAUCCACCUGUACAGCCUUUGCAGGCACCUCAGCCUGCAGUACACGUGCAGGGACAGGAACCACUAACAGCCUCCAUGCUGGCUGCUGCCCCUCCUCAGGAGCAGAAACAGAUGCUGGGAGAACGUUUGUUCCCUCUUAUUCAAGCUAUGCACCCCAGCCUUGCAGGGAAGAUCACAGGAAUGUUGCUGGAGAUUGACAACUCAGAGCUGUUGCACAUGCUGGAGUCUCCAGAGUCCCUCCGGUCAAAGGUGGAGGAGGCUGUUGCAGUGUUGCAGGCUCACCAAGCCAAGAAAGAAGCUGCCCAGAAGGUGGGUGUGGUUGCUGCUACCUCUUAAGCCAGGAAGACUGGUGAGUGUCUCAGUCCUCAGCUUUGAUUAAAAGCUUCCAGGAUUGGUAAAUAAAGCAAGGCAGUUACUAAGUGUUCUUGGUCUGGGAGGCUUAUGUUGGUCUGGGAGCGGUGCUUGUCUGAUUUUAGCCAGUUCUUCA